AACCAGAAUCGCUUUGGGUCUGGUCGCCAAGAUGGCGUCCUCCGCCUCCGCUCGGACUCCGGCAGGGAAGCGAGUGGUAAAUCAGGAAGAAUUGCGGCGGUUAAUGAAGGAGAAGCAGCGUCUGAGCACCAAUCGGAAACGGAUAGAAUCUCCAUUCGCGAAGUACAACCGUUUGGGGCAGCUGAGUUGUGCCCUGUGUAACACUCCGGUUAAGAGCGAGCUCCUGUGGCAGACUCACGUCCUGGGAAAGCAGCACCGAGAGAAAGUGGCCGAGCUGAAAGGCGCGAAGGAAGCCAGCCAGGGUUCGUCCGCCAGUUCAGCGCCUCAGUCCGUCAAAAGGAAAGCGCCGGACGCAGACGAGCGAGAUGUCAAGAGAGCGAAGGCCACCUUGGUGCCUCAGGUACAGCCCUCCACAUCUGCGUUGCCCACCAACUUUGACAAAAUAGGAAAGGAGUUCAUUAGAGCGACUCCCAGUAAGCCUUCAGGACUCAGUUUACUCCCCGAUUAUGAAGAUGAGGAGGAGGAGGAAGAGGAGGAGGAAGGAGAUGGAGAAAGAAAAAGGGGGGACGCCAGCAAGCCGCUCUCCGACCCACAGGGCAAGGAGCACUCAGUUUCCUCUUCGCGGGAGGUAACAAGUAGUGUGCUGCCAGACGAUUUCUUUAGUACUAAUCCUCCCAAGGCCCCCAUAAUUCCUCAUUCAGGGUCAAUUGAGAAAGCAGAAAUACAUGAAAAAGUGGUGGAAAGGAGAGAAAACACCGCGGAAGCGUUACCGGAAGGUUUUUUUGACGACCCUGAGGUAGAUGCAAGGGUACGAAAGGUUGAUGCCCCAAAAGAUCAGAUGGACAAAGAGUGGGACGAAUUCCAAAAAGCCAUGAGGCAGGUCAACACUAUUUCCGAAGCCAUAGUUGCCGAAGAGGAUGAGGAGGGACGGUUGGACCGCCAGAUUGGGGAGAUCGAUGAGCAGAUAGAGUGUUACCGACGGGUGGAAAAGCUACGGAAUCGCCAGGAUGAAAUAAAAAAUAAACUUAAAGAAAUCCUGACCAUAAAAGAACUGCAGAAAAAGGAAGAAGAGAAUGCUGACAGCGAUGAUGAGGGGGAACUGCAGGAUUUGUUGUCUCAGGAUUGGAGGGUGAAAGGGGCAUUGUUAUAGGGUUUUAAAGACCCAAGGUUUCUAACAGCCUCAGCUAUUGUGUAAAAAGUGCUGUCUGUCAGUAGUAUAUCGGUUACUUCAUGCCUAAAGAUUUGGGUACCUGGAUUGCUAAACUGGAUUGUUGAGAUAAAAUGAGCCAGUGAGCUGCAGCACUUUGGAAAAUUUGUGUAAAAUGUUUUUGAGGUAAAGUUGUUUUUAAAAUUUCUGAAGUGUUAUAUACCAAAAUGCCAACUUUUCCACGACAGACUUAACUGUAUAAUUUCGUUGUAAAAUCUGUGAGUUGUAAAUAUUGUACAUAGUUAAAUCUGUAUUCUGUUUUGAAUUUUUUUAAUUAAUAGACCAACCGGCAAACUUCCAGAUGAAUGCUCACUGUGGUAUUUGGAAUGUAUGUAUCUUCUGAACCCUACAUCAAGUUGAAAAGGUUUGUUUUUUUGUUUCUUUGGUUUUUGUUUGGUUUUUUAGAACACUUCAUAAACACAUAAGUCAUUGUAGGUUAA